GUCAGUAGUUAAAGGAGUGUAUAGUGCAGAUCUGCUAGAAUCUAAUGGUCCGUUCCUGGUCAAGCUUCUAGAAAAAAAUAACAGUAGAAAUUUGCCUGGAUGGCGACCGGGACCUGUUUGUUGUACCAUAUCCCCUUCCAUUUUGCUGUUAUCUCUAUGUGUGCUGAGGACUGCACCGGGACCUUGCGCAUGCUGGGCAAGCAAUCCUACCACUGAGCUGCAUUAUCGGACCUUAUAUAUUUUCAUCCCUAAACUGUUAAAAAAAAAAAGAAAAAAAGACUUUGCUCUCCCAACGUAGGGAAUGAACCAAACAAUUGGGAGUUCAUAUUGAUGCCCAGUCUACUUGUCUCCCAGUGUAUCCCCGUAAAUCACCUUAGUCACAACGAAUUAAGUUGGACAUGGAGGCAAGUGUUCAGACUAGUGGAACCUUAAAAGCCCAAGUGAGGCAGCAUGGAGCCGGGACGACCGGAGAGCACCAAGUCUAAGACUUCCGCCCUGGAGAGCCAACGUUUGUUUAUCUCCUACCCGCCACCCCUGGGUCCGCCCAGCUCGGGUUGUGCGCAGUCUCCCGGAGUUGUUUGCUGUCUCUAUGGCAACCCAGUAGGUGGAGUCUGAAAAUGGAGACUCCCGAGUCUUCGGAGGACUUUGCUUCUCCACCUUUAGAUAUACAGCCCAGCUCUGAAGGGCUAGAGAGCACUUCGAGUGAGAGUCCGAGGGCGGCCCCAGCUGUGAUAUGUGCCAAGGCUCCGGAGCAGUAUGCUUUAUACACAGAGCCCUCCUCUGACAGUCUUGUGGAGGCACCCUGCCCUUCUUUCCAUCAUACAGGCCAAGGGAAGUUUGGCUAUCAGCCCCUCUAUAUUUCUUAUAUUCCUCGGAUCCCCUGUAAAGCCGCCGAUCUCAGUGGAAGCCCUUCUUAUCCUGGCCGUAGCUCUGGCUCUGGCCCUUGCUCUGAUUUUGACCAGGGCUUUCAACCCUCUCCUGCCCCUGGACCUGGUCCUGCCUCUGGACCUGGUCCUGCCUCUAGACCUGGUCCUCCCGCUAGACCUUGUCCUGGCUCUCUAUCUUCUCCUGCCUCUGUAUCAUCUUCUCCUGCCUCUAUAUCCUCUCCUGCCCUUGGUCCUGCUCCUGCCUUUGGUCCUGCUUCUGCCCUUGGUCCUGUUCCUGCCCCUGGACCUGCUCCUGCUCCUGCCCCUGGACCUACCCCUGGACCCGGACCCGGACCUGGACCCGGACCCGGACCUGGACCCGGACCCGGACCUGGACCCGGACCCGAACCUGGAUCCGGACCUGGACCUGGACCUGGACCCGGACCCGGACCCAGACCCGGACCUGCUCCUGCCUAUGGAUCUGUUCCCACACUGGAAUGUGUUCUUGCCCCUGGACCUUGCUAUAAGGUCAGCAGUUAUCCCUCCCCCUUCAAGAAUUCAAGAGCCUUCCACCAGUUCUGCUCCCUGAUUUUAAUGAAUGGAGUUUGCCCUACCCCAAGGAGAUAUACCUUCACCCCUGGAAACCUGUGCAAGUCUCAGAACCUGGAGUACGAGGGCCAUACAAACACACCAAAUCCAAACCUGAUUGUUUCCGUAAGACACUGCCGCGUGGCCAUUGCCUCCUUUACAACUGGGAAGAAGAGGUAUGAAAGUUUGACCUGGCCCCUCUCCCUGAAGGUUGACCUCAGUUUCCCAGGGAAGCCAACAGUUUGUGAUGAAGGAUUGCAAGAUGUCCCUGAGAGUUACUUCUUCCGAGAUGGACACAAAGGACUGCUGAGCAUACAACUUCCAUCACCCAUGCCUUGUAUCACCACGCAGAAAGAUUCAUACCAGCCUCCAAGACACAUCUGUCAACCACUUCGAGGGAAGCGUGAAGCCAUGCUGGAGAAGCUCCUGCAUGACCAGAUCUGCAAAGAGGUGCAAGAAGAGCAAGAACCUACAAGGGAGUUCUUUGAGACCGAGUCGGUAACACACCAUGACUACAGAGUGGAUGGAGUACAGACAGGGCCUCCAGCCCCAACCAAGCCUCAUGAUUACUGCCAGGAACAGCCGGAAACCUUCUGGAUACAGCGAGCAUCGCAGCUGCGGGGCGUCAGUAACAUCACGACACUGGACACACCAUUCCGGAAGAACUGCAGCUUCUCAACACCAGUGCCCUUGUCUCUGGGACAGCCUUUGCCUUAUGAACUUGACAGCUACCCCCACCAAACGGUGUCUUCCCUUGCCUUGGAGGAGGGCAGGGGUGUGGAAGGGAGAGAACAACUCCAGUCUAAGGGUUAAGGAGGGAAGGGGACAUGGAAUUUGGACUCUAUUUCUGUUUGUACCACAGAGGUAGGUGUGGGUGGAGCUAAUUCUCUGCACUUGAUGAGGGUUUCAUAUAAAGCACUCUCAUCCUGAGGAUACUAA